CCGGCGGGGAGGAGGAGUCUGCAAACUUUCAGUUCGAGGGCAUUGUGGGAAGCAGCCAUGGUCUGAGGCAGAUAGAUGCCUCACCUGUCAGCCGCGCGGGCUCCUGCACUUGGCUCUCGCCGCUCGGCGCUCGGCAGGCUGGGGCGGAGGCGGCCGGGGCACCAUGAUACAUUUCAUAUUGCUCUUCAGUCGACAAGGGAAAUUACGGCUGCAGAAAUGGUACACAACUCUCCCUGACAAGGAAAGGAAGAAGAUCACCCGGGAGAUUGUUCAGAUUGUGCUCUCUCGUAGUCAGAGGAUGAGCAGUUUUAUCGACUGGAAGGAGCUAAAACUUGUUUAUAAAAGGUAUGCUAGCUUAUACUUUUGCUGUGCGGUAGAAAGUCAGGACAAUGAGCUCUUGACACUAGAGAUUGUGCAUCGUUAUGUGGAGUUGCUGGACAAGUACUUUGGAAAUGUCUGUGAGCUGGAUAUUAUCUUUAAUUUUGAAAAGGCUUAUUUUAUCCUGGAUGAAUUUAUAAUAGGUGGGGAAAUUCAGGAAACGUCCAAGAAAUCUGCUGUCAAAGCCAUUGAAGAUUCUGAUAUGUUACAGGAGCUGCAGGAAAACACUCCAGGAUCCAGAGAAGGCAGAGCCAUGAGAUGGCAGAAACCUAAAAAAGGUCAUCAAGAAAGCCAACCACGUAAGAAUAGCCACACUAGAUUUAAAUGUGUGUCAGAAAUAAGCUUAUGUUGUGUUAAGCCACUGAAUUCCUGGGAUUGUUUGUUACAGCAGUGAGCCUGCCCUAAUACAUGAAACAAUUAUGGGCUACUAUCAACAGGAUCCAGAUGCAUGUAAUGAAGUUUAUUUUCAGAGAAUGAAAAAAAUACAGCAUCUUCUAAAGUUAAUACAAGCAACUAUACCAGUGUCAGACACACUAAAAUAUCAAUAAAUAUUUGCUGAAUGUAAGUUGGAUAAUGAAAGAUUAAAUUCAAUAUGGCUAUUAAUUGGCUGCAGGUGCUCCUAUGACAUCAGUAAUGUGAUCAAAAUGAAAACGUAGCACUUACCAGUGGUGCCAUAGAGAUAUGUGUUGUUUCUUGUGAAAAAAAGAAACUAGAAAACAAGUGGGUUGGGACAUUUCCAGGCCAGCCUGAAUUUAAUAUAUUUAUGUGAGUGACACUAAGAUUUUAUGUCACAGCCAAUCAUCUGGGUGGCAACUAAUAUUGUUGGUAGAGACAUUUGAUGAGUAUAUCAUUUUCUCUGAUUAAAAUGUGUACAGGAAAGUGUUAGCUCAUCAGAUCUUGUUGCUCAAACCCUGCAUAUCCAAAUAAAACCUGCCACCAGUGCUGACUGCCUCCAGGGAGAUAAACUCUAAGCCGUUGGAAUGAUUUGCCAGAUAAGAGUGUUUCUGCAUGCUGAGGGCUUGGGCCAGGCUGUACAAUUAUUAUCCUAACACUGUGAUUUAUGGUUUUUGCUCUGGGUCGGGGGCUGGAGACUGAGUAGCUGAGGUCAGUCACAUGAACCCCACAUGCCUACAUGACUAACCUCCCACCUCCCCCCCCCCCCAAAAAAAAAAAUCCCCUGGAUAUCAAAGCUUGAGGAGCUUAUCUGACUGGCAGCACUUUGUAUGCAUUGCACUUGGCUGCUGAGAGAAUUCAGCAUAUCCCUGAGCUUCCUGGACCUGACCCAGGUGCCUUCUCCUUUUGCUGAUUCUAUUCCAUAUCCUUUUACUGAAAUAAGCAAUACUUACCUAUAGCAGCUUUUGAGCCCUGUGAAUCCUAAUGAAUUGUCAAGCCUGAAGGUGGUCUUAGAGACCCUCUCCCUCCAUUCAGAUGCUUUGAUCAGUUGUAUGGUAUGUGAAAAACAACAAAUACAGAGAUUAGGAAAGGGAGAAUCUGGGAAGGUGUUUUGGGGGUGAAGUGCAAAGGGUUCUUUGAGAAAGUUGAAUCUUUCCACUUUAUCAGGAUUGUGUGGUUAGAGCCAGAACUGACAUACUGACAUGGCUGGGGGAAGAAAGCAUUGCUUCUUCUGAUACCAAAGGGAAGGGGAAGUAAACAAAGAGUAUAUAUAUAUAUAUAUAUAUAUAUAUAUAUAUAUAUAUAUAUAUAUAUAUGGCAACUUUGCAGAUUUGGGGCUCUAACUUUGCUCAGGGCAGCUUACCCAUCAGCCUUGCUCGGUUGGUGCCUCUGGGCAGCAGGAAAGGUAGACCUGCAUGGAAGCAAGUAGAGAGGUGGCCUUUGUUAACCUUGCUGGCUGUCCCCCCUCUAAGACCAGGAGAAUCUCUUUAGGUAUCCCAUUUGAUCAACUCUUGCAGUCAACAUUUAGAAUCUCUUAGUUGAUUAAGAUAAGUUUUGGGCCUGGAAUUUCAAGGUUCAUAUCCUGAGGCUGCUACUUGCCUGAGGUGACUUUGGGCAGGUAACUUCUGCCUGCCUCAGUUUCCUCAUCUGUAUCUGGACUGCAUCUGGAACUUUGUACGUGCUCGAUACAUGCGAGCUUCUGGUGUUGCUUCUAUUCUGGGUCCAUCGAUAAACAGCAGAAGAGCUAUCCUAACUCUGUUGUUGGGAAGAAGAGUUAUGUUGCCAAAAAUAGCUUUAUUGAGCUAAAACAAAGAAAAAGGAUGGAACUGGGUCAGCAUUUUUAUAAGUGGACAACAGAAACUGACUUAAAUACCAUUUCUUGCCUUUCUGUUCAAGGAAGAGGAUUGCUUUAUAGCUAAUAGAUUGUGGUGUGUCCCCUGGAGGUUUUUCCUCUCCUCCUUCCUCCUCCCCCUACACUCCUCUCCUGCCAGGGCUGGGAUGAGCUGGCUAGGAUGAAUUUCUUGCUUCACUGGACAAAGCAAGCAUGAGGCUAUUAUCUCCCAUGAGGCCAAGAGGGCAAAUCUGACAAAAUAGAAACUUUAAUCAUGGGCAAACUAGUUUUAAAAUAGUUUCUUCCUUUGACAUAUUCAGGAUAAUCCCCAAAUGAUAAAAUUUAUUGUCACACAGAUUUGAAAGGCUAUGGGCAGGUUAUGUUUCCCAGAAACUUAAUGUCUUCAGUGCGCUGAGGGGCCUUAUAUGACACAAUGAUGUUGCCCCUCCACAGCGCAG